AUGGACUCGAGCAAGUUCCGAGAGACGAGCCAUGAGGCCAUCGAUUACGUCAUCAGCUACCUGGAAAGUCUGAGGUCCCGGAAGCCCAGGACUGACGUCACGCCGGGCUACAUGAGUCAGCUGGUGCAGGACCAGGCGCCAGACGAGGGCGAGAGCUGGGACAAGGUCAAGGAUGACCUAGAUCAGGUCAUAAUGCCUGGUAUGACUCACUGGCAGUCCCCCCAGUUCCACUCGUUCGUGCCGUACCGCAGCACCUACCCCGCCAUCAUUGGGACCAUUCUCGCCGCCGGCUUUGGGACUCUGGGCUUCACCUGGAGCUCUGCCAGUGAGGUGGUUCUCGUGACCAUGAUGUGCGCCAGAAAACAGACCAUCAAACGAUUGAGGAAAUCCUACCCGGACUGCUCUGAUGGACAGCUUCUGGACAAGCUCGUAGCCUACACAUCAGACCAGGCCCAUUGCUCUGUAACAAAAGCAGCGUCCAUGAGUAUGGUCCGCAUGCACGUGCUGUCCACUGAUGCCAAAGGAUCUCUCCGGGGCCCCGCGCUCCGCAAAGCUAUCGAGAAGGACAGGGCGAGGGGACUUGUGCCUUUUUUCGUGUGUGCCACGGUAGGAACCACAGCCGUCUGUGCUUCAGACAACUUAACAGAGCUUGGGCCUAUCUGUACCGAGGAGAGCCUGUGGUUCCAUCUAGACGCUGCUUUCUCCGGCUGCGCCACCUUGCUGCCUGAGUGCCGCUACCUGAUUGACGGCGUGGAGUGGGCCACUCAGCACGUCAACUGGAAGCUACAGAACUGGCGGCACGUAUGGUUCAGUGAUGAAUCCAAUUUUCUCAUCUCUCGAUACGACAGACGACGUCGAGUUUACCGACAUCGAAAUGAGAGGUCCGCAACUAGAUGCACCUCCCAGGCCUUAUUGCAUGGCUGUGGCAGUGUGAUAGUGUGGGGAGCAAUCAACCACACUCGCAGGAGCAACCUGCACUGUACAACCGUUGUCAUCGACCCCUACAAGUGGCUCGGUGUUCCUAUUGGCAUCUCGGCCAUGUGGAUACAGGACAGUUCUCUCCUCACAGAGCCCUACAGGAUGGGGCCGGCCUACCUGGAGGAACCCGCACAGACAGGGGACGUGCACAUGCCAGACUUCAUGUUCUCUUUAUUUUCCUCCCAUUUGAAGCACUGGCAGAUCGCCAUAGGUCGCGGGUUCCGACCCUUGACCCUUUGGAUGCUUCUGCGUAUUUGUGGAGUGAAUGGACUGCAGAACCAGCUGAGAAAGGACAUCGUCCUUGCCCAUGAGUUCCGGAAGCUGGUUCAACAAGACAGGAGGUUCGAGAUUGUUGGGGAGGUCACCGUCUGUGUCGUCUGCUUCCGCCUCAAGGGGAGCAACUCUCUGAACCUGGCUCUGAGGGAGCGGCUACGCGCGGACGGUCGUCUGCACUUGCGCACAGCCACAUUCAAGGGCGUGGUCUUCCUCCGUUUCUGCGUCUGCUCAGCUCGCAGCGAGAUAGAGGACAUCCGCUUUGCGUGGGAUGUCGUGCAGAAGUUGUCAACGGCAGAGCUAGAAAACUCCAUCAUCAAGUUAUAAAUGUGUUGUCGAUGACAAAGAUGCCCACUGAGCUAACUCGCGGAGCACCCUGUUAUAAUACGAGAUUGGAACUAAUAAUGAUAUUAAAUUGCAUUUGUAUAGCGCAUAACCCCACUCUACAG